ACGUACUUCCGCCUGAGAGCACCACCACAGAGUAAUGUCGGUGUCGUCUCGGAGCUGUCUGUGAAGAGUUUGACUUUAACUUACAUCUGUGGAGAACGGCAGCUGGACAACAUCACGGCAGGAACGUGCGGAGUAACUUGCAACACUUGGUUUGUCAAAAGCGAUUAAGCGAAUUACUUCACUGGGUUGAGCCACCGCGGGAAAUAACACGAUGGCCAAGGUGCAAGUGUUGAAUGUCGCCGUGCUGGACAAUCCGAGCCCGUUUGGAAACCCCUUUCAAUUUGAGAUCACGUUUGAGUGCAUGGAGGAUUUGCCUGAAGAUCUGGAGUGGAAGAUCAUCUAUGUGGGCUCAGCCGAGAGUGAGGAAUACGACCAGACCCUCGACUCUGUGCUCGUUGGUCCGGUACCGGCAGGAAGGCACAUGUUUGUUUUCCAGGCCGAUGCUCCUAACACAGGGCUGAUUCCAGAGAGUGAUGCUGUCGGGGUGACUGUAGUUCUUAUAACCUGCACCUACCGCGGACAGGAAUUCAUCCGCAUUGGCUACUAUGUCAACAAUGAAUACACAGACCCUGAACUGCGAGAGAACCCACCUCUGAAACCUGAUUACACUCAGCUCCAGAGGAAUAUUUUGGCCUCCAACCCCCGUGUCACCCGUUUCCAUAUCAACUGGGAGGGCUCUGCAGACAGGAUGGAGGACAGUGAGAACGUCGACCCCGCCCCCAACAUCAGUGGCAUGCUCCCACCAUCCUGCAUACCAGGAAAGGUCCCGCCUCUCGGACUGAUGCCAGACAACUCCAUGGACUGCAUGUAGGAGUCAUGAGUUUCAUACACAUGCACCUGCCCAUGGACAAGAAUCGCUUCUUACAUAUGAACACACACAUACACUUGAACAAGGACACAACGCAGAAUAAUGCAUGGAUGUACAUACUUAAAAUGUGGACAUGGACAGCAGACUCUUUGUGAUGAAUGCACAAAUGGUUUGGAUCUGGAAUGGUAUACCAACUUUCUCAUACUCCCUUUCUCUCUCACACACACAAACACACACACACACGCCAGUAUUGCCUUACUUUACCAUAAUUUCUGUCUUGGAUGAUCUAUAAGCUAAGCCAAGAAAACGCCUGAUUCAUUGGUGUGGGGAUGCACAUCAGACAUGACCUCCAUAUCCAACAGCUUACAACUCCUAAUCACAUGUCUUUGAAUUGCAUGGUACCAUACUGUGCUGCUCAGUUUGUCUAACCAGAACAGUGCUAUGCAUUUCGAAUUGACUGUAUUCAGCAUGGUAGGAUUUGAUACAGCAUUACACUGGAUGUGCAUCAUAAAUGGCAUUGGCUCUAAUCAUCCAGUUGCUCACAGAAGCUGUGGGUAAGGGAGACAAAAGGUAAAGUUGCAGUUCAUUUGAACUGACAACGUAGACCAUCUGUAAAUAAUAUUUCUCUCGCACUUAUUUUGCAUUCAAGAUUAGGUCCUAUAUUCUUUUUGUACGUUCCCUAUAUUAACUGCCUCAAAAUAUUUGUAACAGUGGUGGUGGUGAUAAUAAAGUUUGUUUUGUUUUUGUGAAA